CUCUCUCUCUCUCUCUCUCUAAGGUACCAAACAAAAGAAGAAGAGAUGGAACCGAAUCCAGCUGCAACAGUAACAAAGAAACUAUGGAACUAUGUAAGGACAGUGUUCUUCAUGCUGAGGAAAGGUGUCUCCAAGCGCAAACUAAUGAUGGACCUUCACCUCAUGAUGAAACGUGGCAAGAUCGCAGGGAAGGCCAUCGGGAACCUUAUGUUCCACCACCAGCACUCCAACUCCAUCUGCCAAUGGCACGAUGCGAAUCUUUCCUUCGUCGCACCUACUCAUUACGAGUUUAGCUGCAGUAACAGCCCCGCCUUCCCUCCCUCUUCUUCUUUCUUCCCAUUCCACAUCAGCAAACGCAAGACCUCCCAGAACCACUCUCAGUCUCACCAUUACUUCUCAUGUAUGCACCCGACGGCCACCGACGACGACUUAACGUCCGUCAAUGCGAUGCAAAAAGUGCUGGAGAUGUUGAACGUCCAUGACAUAACGGAGGGGUCUCCUAUACCGUCACCGUUUCCUGCGUUCGGAAAGAGUCCGAUGGUGAGGGAGUUGAGGAUAACGGACUCGCCGUUUCCUUUAACGAAUGCUGACGAGGACAGCCACGUAGAUAAGGCUGCAGAGGAGUUCAUUCAGAAGUUCUACAACAACCUGAGAUUACAAAAUAGGAUGGCCGAGAAAAAAGCUUAAGGUGUUGAGCCCGACGAGGAUCGUCCGAGCUCUGGUUUUUUCCGGCCAGAGUUGUGAUUUGGCUUUCGCCUCUCUUCGUUCUUUGUCUCUGAUUUUUUUUUUUUUUUAGGGUAAAACCGUAAAAUUGUCUCUAAUGUCAUAAUUCCUUGGGAACAAUAAAUAAUGUUUGAUGUGAUUGCUAUUUUUCA